AAAGCGGUGGAUAAAAUGCGGCCUUUUCCCGUACUUGGUCUACGCACGAUGUUCGUUGGUCUCGGGAAAUUAGCUUCACAACCGAAUGCCGUCAGUUUAAACGCACCAUGUCGGUUCGCCGGCAUCAAGAAAAAGUACGAUUUAGAAGAUAAUCCGAAAAAGGUCAAACCUGCCGUGUUGGUGAAAACCCUCCGUGGAUUCCAGUUUAAUGACGGAGAUUAUGUGUAUGAAGGCGAUAUCCUUGUACGACAGCUCGGAUUGGAAAUAUACCCCGGGGAAUCUGUGAAAUUGAAUCGGGAUACUUGGGAUUUAAUUGCAAUGUGCAACGGUCGAUUUACAAUUAGUACUGAAACCCUCUCCCCUUUCCCGGACAGCCCACUGUACUCAGCGGUGCAACGCGGGGAACAAAUUGUUCGACCAUUCGUGCAUGUAAUCAGUGACCCCCCGGAACCGAUAUACCGACUAAAGCGUAUGCUGUGA